AUGGAAGAAAUAAACGGCGAGCUUUUUGGGGAUGGUCUUGUUAGUCUUGGUGAUGAGGGUUCAUUGGAGUCUACUGAUAAUGGUAAACAGGAACAAAAUUGUAAAAUUUGCGACAAUAAAUUAUGCAGUCCACGUGUGUUGUCAUGCCUUCAUGUAUUCUGUGAAGCAUGCAUUGACAAAUUGAUGGUAAAUGAAGCUGGGGAUUCACUUAAAUAUGAUUUGGCUGUUGAAUGUCCUCUGUGCAAACAAGAAACUAAGGUGAUGCCUGGAGGUGGAGCUGCAUCACUUCCAUCGGACUAUGUCCUCACCAACAUCUUGGAUGUCUCCUCCAUGGAUCAAUCUGUUGUUUGCACUUGUUGUAAGAGCAAGGAACCUGCUGUCGCUAGAUGCACAGAUUGUUCUCACUUCUUAUGUUCUAAUUGUAACUCGGCCCACGAGUUUAUGAGGUGUUUUGAAAACCAUCGCGUCGUUCCAUUUGAUGCUCUACGAUCUUCCAAGGAGAAAGCCGCUGUGCAUAAACCAAUUUUUUGCACUCGUCACGUAGGAGAAAGUCUCAAGUUUUACUGUUGCGAGUGCGAGGUUGGGGCUUGCACAGAAUGUCUAACUGUCGACCAUAAAGUCGGAGAGCACCGUUGCGAGCGCAUAGUUGAUGCUGAACCAAAUUUGCGAGCAGAGCUAAGAAAUUUCAUUGUAGAAGCCAACGCUAGGGCGGUGGCCGCUGGGAGUGCGUCGGCCAGGCUUGAUGACGCUCUGGGUGAUCUACAACGGCAAAGAGACGAUGCUGAAAACGUCGUUAAUGAAGCAUUCCAUGCUUACAAAGCGGCUCUCGAAAGACGUCGUGAGAAAGCCUUAGAAGAACUAGAAAGGUUGCACAAAGAAAGAGAGCUGAAAGUAAUGGAUUUGUUCGAUCGCGUUGAUAAAACUGUCCAGCGCAUAGAUUGCGCUUGUAAAUUUGCCGCGAGACUCCUUCGCCGGGGAGAUGGUACUGAGAUCGUAAUGCUGAAGAAAACAGUUGCUUCCCAAUUUGCACGACUCUUAGAAGGAGCUCCUGAAUUCGAUGUCGACUAUUCAUUGGAGUUUGUCACGAAAAUGGAAAAGUUUGAUUCGAUAGCCGAGGAAACAUUUGGGGUGUUUCGCACUGAAGCAACCCGAGCUGAAGAGAGGAAGCGAGCUAGUGAAUCAUCUGCUAUCGUUUCUGUGGCAUCGAAUUCUCAUUCACCGGCUGUCUCAGUAACUAAUGCGCCGGUUUUCGAUGACUUUCCACUGGGUAAUGUACGUCGAGUUACUGGCGUGACAGGGGUUGGCAGUAUAGUGGGAGUGCCAGUUGGGGGUGUGCCAGCUAUUGGCGUGCCAGGAGUUGGUGCAGUUGGUGCAGUGAGCAACACAAGUGUGAUCCCUGGUGUAGUGAAUGUGAACAAUGUUCCCGGAGUGGGAGCGGUUACCGGUGUGGGGGGAGUACCAACUUUGCCAUCUAUGGUGGAAUAUAAUUUGCAACAGUUGGCCAGUAUUGCGGAGAAGGAAGUACCACCGCCACCACACGCCUCGCCAGCUCCUCCAUUUACUCUUGCUGAACUACUUGCCGGAGAUUUGAAUUCGCCUCAAGCAUACAACAACUUGCAGGCUCUUGCCAAACUCGGAUUAAAUACUGAAGUAAACGGAUUCGGCGGUGUAGGUGGUAUUGGCGGUGUGGGGCCUCGAGGGGUUUCCCCCGGCCGGCCUCUGCUAACGCCAGCUGAAGAAGCCGCUCUGGUAGCACCCCCGGCACCACUAGUGAGGGCCACCAAAGCCACGCCAAUGCAUAUUAGGUUCAAGUUCGGCCAGCUGGGUGGUGGCAAGGGACAGUUCAACUCUCCCCAUGGAUUCUGCCUCGGCAAUGAUGAAGACAUCAUUGUCGCUGAUACCAAUAAUCAUCGCAUCACGGUAUUCGAUAAGUCCGGUACUCAUAAAUUCAAUUUCGGCGUGGCGGGUAAAGAAGAGGGUCAGCUGUGGUACCCCCGCAAAGUGGCGGUGGUGCGCGCCACCGGCAAGUUCGUGGUGUGCGACCGCGGCAACGAGCGGUCGCGCAUGCAAAUAUUCACCAAGAACGGACAUUUCUUGAAGAAGAUCGCUGUUCGAUUCAUCGACAUAGUCGCGGGGCUGGCCGUGACCGCGGAAGGCCUCAUCGUGGCGGUGGACAGCGUCACGCCCACGGUCUUUAUACUGUCUGAAGAGGGCGACCUCAUGAGUUGGUUCGACUGCAGCGAGUGCAUGCGGGAGCCUUCGGAUAUCGCCAUCAGUGGCAAAGAAUUCUACGUGUGCGAUUUCAAGGGUCACUGCGUGGUCGUGUUCGACGACGAGGGCCGGUUCCUGCGUCGCAUCGGGUGCGAGAACGUGACCAACUUCCCCAACGGCAUCGACGUGUCGGACGCCGGCGACGUGCUCAUCGGGGACUCCCACGGGAAUAAGUUCCACGUGGCCGUGUUCACGCGGGAUGGCGUGCUCGUCACUGAGUUUGAGUGCCCCUAUGUAAAGGUGUCUCGCUGCUGCGGUCUGAAGAUAACGUCAGAAGGUUACAUCGUCACUCUGGCUAAGAAUAAUCACCAUGUUCUAGUCCUCAACACCCUAUACAUUGUC